UCCUCACUUUCUGACCAGGCAGAGAGCCAUCCAAGAGAACGGCCAGAUGUUGGAGCGCCGGGAAACUGAGAAAAAAAACAGGUGGCCGGAGCAGAGCCUGGUGUGGUGGGGUUUUCCUCAACCUUUGGGCAGCCCCAUGGGACUCUUGGCGACAGCCGUCGUAUUCUGCAUGCUGCCGGACCCGGUGUUCCUCCGGACUCUGGAGCAGCAGGAUCUUCCAACUGUGGAAGGGGUCCCCAGUCUAAAUAUGAGGUUUGAUUCUUGGAGAAUGGAACUGAGUUGGGACUGCAAAGAAAACACUACCUACCUCGAAUGCGUGAUGAUUCACAAGGAGAACGGGCCGAUCGAAAUCACACCCCAGGAGAAAGAAUGUCACUGCAAGUUUUCGGAUUAUUCUCUCCAUGAUGGAGUCACGCUCAUGGUUAAAGUAAAUAGCACCCAAAGACUGAUUCCAGAAACACUGGUCUACAAUAACUCAGGUGGGGAGUGCACAGCUGCCCAGAAUUUCUCCUGUUUUAUCUACAACGCGAACUUCAUGAAUUGCAGUUGGGCAAAGGGUCAAGCUGCCCCUGAUGACGUCCAGUAUUUUUUGUAUAUACGAGACUCGAGAGGAAAAAGGGAAAGAGAGUGUCCUCAUUACAUAGAAGACUCGGGAACCCACGUGGGCUGUCACCUGGAAGACCUCUCAGGAUUAGCGAACUACAAUUAUUUCCUGGUGAACGGUACCAGCCAACGGACAGGAAUCCAGUUCUUUGAUUCGGUUUUGUCAUGGAAGAAAAUCGAAAUAUAUAGCCCGCCCAACAAUAUCAGCGUGUAUUGCAACAAGUCCUACUGCGUGAUCCGGUGGGAAAAGCCCAAGACCCGACAUAAGCUGUCCAACAUGGAGUUCAAAUACCAGCUGAGCAUCCAGAAACAGAGCACUAAGGAGCACAGUGAGGAUCAACUGAUUGAGGUGCCUGGUAAUUUGGAAAAUAACUACAGCUUCCCAAGUCCGGAGCCCAGACCCAAGCAUACUGUGAAAAUAAGGACCUCAGACGCGCGGAUCCAGAAGUGGGGUGACUGGAGCCAGCCCGUUGAGUUUGGUUCCGAGGAAACCGCGCCCAGCCUCGUGCCCAUCUAUGUGCUGGUGGUCCUGGGGACCCUCAUCACUGCCCUGGUCCUUGGCUGCCUUUUGAAAAGGUUCCUCGCGUCACAGAGCUUCUUCCCACCGAUUCCGCACAUCAAAGACAAAUGGAACGAUACCCAUCAGCCUGACCACCAGGUCAUCUGGGAGAACUUCACCUCGGACACGGAAAAAGGUGACAACGAAGAGAUCCUCACCGUGGAAGAAGUCACAGUGGCCCCGGCGAGCCUGUGAACUGCAGGGACGCUUCCAGCCCCGGAACAUUCUGGAAGCUGCUUUUUUUUUUUUUAAAUUAUUAUUGUUGUUGUUUUGAGCAAUUAUUUAUAUAGUGUUCUAUUUUUUUACUCUAAAAGAAUGUGAUAUUUUGCAAAGAUGCUUGUAGUCGGAGGGAUCGUUGAAUGCCCUUGGAUCCUGAACCCGUGAUGCACCUGCUUCUCCCCCAGGGAAACAAAGAAUUCUCCCUUACAUGAUGGUGGCUCAGCUGCCCCCCUGCUGGGAGCCAGCAGGGCUGGGACGUGGAUCUCUGGCGCGUCUGCUGUUGCCGUGGGAACAUUGCCUUCCCCCUGUUUCUCCACCAGCUGCAGCUCAGCCCCGUAUGGGGGCCGUCUGAAGGUCUUGAAUAGUUGUCUCCCCUGCAAAGUCCCAUUUGCCACCUAAUGUAGCAUGUUCGCAGACUCCAGGAACCGGGGUGUGGACAUCUUUGGGGACAUUGUUCCAUCCACCACGUGGGGAUCGGGACGUGGACACCGUUGGGGAGAUUAUUCAGUCCACCACUCAGGAACUGGGUUGCGUCUACCACACGGGGAUCAGGAUGUAGACGUCUCUGGGGACAUUAUUCCGUGCACCACAUGCAGGUGUGUUUGGGGGCAUUGCUCCAUCCACCAUACGUGGAUCGGGACUUGGACACUUUCGUCUGCAGUCAUGGGCAGGGAUCGGAGGGGUCUUCUUGCAAUGAUCCUGAAACCAGCUCUGCACCUUGACCUUUGAGACACGGCCACCCCCAUGAAGAUCGUCCGAUGGCCUGACAGCAGCCGUGACCUCUCCUGGGUGUUCAGCGUGGGCUCCCCGGGUGCGUACUAGGUGGUUCCAGCUUGCCCCUGCCUCAUGGGUUCCGACAAGCACUUCCAGUGAGUCUUGUCCAUCUGUCCGUCUGUAAGAUCAUGCACAUGAUGCAGGAAACCUGUUUCCCUUCCUUCAUGUCUAUGAAACACCAUCACGCCUUCACACAUGGGGGCGUCCCUUCAGGCCAAGAAUUGUCCGUGGAAAGUAAAUGCUGCCCAGAGUCCUGAGGGACCAACCUGGCCUACAGGAUGACAGCUGCCAGCCCAACAGAGGCCGACAGCAGAAGACAGGACCUCCACGUGGCAGGAGUAUGGCUGGCCGCCCAAGGGGCCCAUGCAGGAGUGUGAGGGGUAGAAGCACAGACGGCACCAUCAAGGCACUUUGAAAUUUUGUCCUGGAGUGACCCAGAUGGGACCAGAAGAUUCUAUGCACAGAAAACAAAAAACCAGGUUUCUGUGAACAAAACUAUCUGCCGGCAAACAAUGGAUUCGGGAGAAUCUAAAUCACAUUGGGAAGUAGAGACAUUGUAUUUAGCCUUUCUGCUUUCUGUUCCUGUUUUCCUUCCCCGUUCUGCCUCCCAUGACGCCCUCCCCUCUAACCCCUAACUGCUAUAAAAGAGUGACUGCCUGCCUUUA